AUGAUAAGUAUUCAUGUUCAGAUUCUUCUAAUAAUUCUUUUUUGGAAGUCUGAUUGUCAGAAUAUUCCCAGGAUUGAAGAAUGUGGACUUUCAUGUUCUCAGGGGAUUCAUUGUAAAAGCAAACCUUCCAGUGGCAUUUUAAACAGCUUCUGCCAUGAUGCUCCUGCAUCUUUUUCUUCUAUGGUACUGAAAAGCAUGAAGAUCUCAACAGUGAUGAAAUGUGUCCAAGGAAGUGCAUGCUCUCUACAUUUAAACAUUAAAGGAACUCUGAGUCUGGAUGAGAAUAUCCGUGGGCUGGAAAUAUGUUCUCUUUCACUGGACACACAGCAAUCUCAGUGCACAAAUGUGAGAUUUGCAAGAAAAAAAAGCAAGAUGCUUAAUGGAAAAAAGGUACAGGUACAAUUCAAUUGCAUUGAAGUCAAUGUAGCACAACACAUCUAUGUGACCAUGAAAACAGUACCAAAUUACUGUGAAGUCAAGCUGAGUCAGGAAUACUAUGUUGAAGAUUGCAGAAACAGUGAUGUGGGAAAAUAUAUUCCAGCUUGUUCAGCUGGGCAGUUUGAUUAUAAUGUAGACAGGGCAAGGAAAAUUAUAUCAGUGAAUGUAUCCAACUUUCUUCGAGAUCAAGAUUAUUAUGUUCGCCUGUGCCACAAAUGGUUUACCUGUGAAGAUGUAGGGGCAUUUGCUGUGAUAAAAGGGAAGGAAUCUUUAAAAUCAGUUUCUCUGAAAUAUUCUCAGCUACUCCCUUGUCUUUGCAUUGAGGGUUGGCUGGCAAUUCCAGAUGCAAGGAGGAUACAACUUUGCCCCUUUGAAAAUGAUACGAAGGCGCUAUGGGAUAAUAUUGUUUAUAACCCAGCAACACAAACCCUAGCUUGGGAGCCAGCCUGUCCUGUGCUUGUCAUGGUUAACCUAUGCAGGUUAAUGAAGUCUAACGACCACUGUGAAGAUAUACAAAACUCUUCCAAAAAUUCUCCUGAGAAAGUUAAAUAUUCUCGUGUGGACACUCACCCAAGACUUUGCAUGAAGUUUACAACCAAGCAAGGCUCUUGGGUUAAAUGUCCAUUUGCUCAUGGAGAAUUUCCAGCUUGGAAAAUGAGAACUGCUAUAGCUGCAGAACAAAUACAAGUUUUCUUCACAUCCCAAACCAAGGCACAAUUCUCAGUGCUUGUGUGUAACAGGACGCAGCUGGCUUCAUGUGAAUCUGUUGGGAUGCACCAUUCAGUCUCUGUGGGCUGGAGGACAGAUGUAGAUUAUUCAGUUCCACUGCAGAUCUGUGAUAUCCACUGUGGUUUUUGUGGUCAGACAUACAGUGAUGGAAACUCAGCAAAGGCCAUGACACACAGAAUGAAGAGAGUGCAUUCCUUGCAUUGA